GUGUCCUCUUUGCUCGCAAAGCGGACGGAACUCUCCGCCUCUGCAUCGACUAUCGCGGCCUUAACCGUUACACGGUUAAGAACAGCUAUCCUAUGCCCCGCGCGGAUGAGCUGUUUGAUCGUCUGGGAGGCAACCGCUUCUUCACGAAGAUCGAUCUUCGUAGCGGUUACCACCAGAUCCGCGUUGCCGCAGAGGACCAGCCGAAGACCGCCUUCCGAUCUCGCUUCGGCCACUACGAGUUCACGGUGAUGCCAUUCGGCCUCACCAAUGCACCCGCCACCUUCCAGACGGCGAUGAACGACAUCUUCAGGGACAUCCUUGAAGAAUACGUUCUCGUACACCUGGAAGACAUCUUGGUCUACAGUCGUACCUUAGAAGACCAUAUCCGACACCUCCGUGAUGUCCUACAGCGCUUACGCAAGCAUGGCUUCUAUGCCAAGCUCAGUAAGUGUCGCUUUGCUCAGCACAAAGUGGACUUCCUAGGACACCAUGUGUCUGACCAGGGUCUCCACAUGGACGACGCGAAGAUCACUGCUAUUGCAGAGUGGCCCGUCCCCACAUCUGCCAAGCAGCUUCGCAGCUUUCUAGGCCAUACUAGCUACUAUAGUAACUUUUUCCAGGGAUACGCUAGGUGUUCCUACGUCCUUACCUCCACCCUCCUCCGGAAGAACCCGCCAUGGUUCUGGACACCCCUCUGCGAGGACGCUUUCCGCGCCCUCAAGAAGGCGGUGACUUGUGCGCCGGUUCUUCGCCUCCCUGAUUUUGAUCGCCCCUUCAUCGUCACCACCGAUGCGUCAGAUUUUGCAGUUGGAGCAGUACUUUCUCAGGUGUUUCCCUCUCCUCCUGAGUCACCUUAUCCCCAUGUUCCUCCCUUUCCCCCCCCUCCUGCUGACACUGCUUCUCGACUGACGCCUCUCCUACCACCCCUUCCCUCCACUGACAGUCCUCCCAUUACUUACUCUCCGACCAUYGCGGAGGAUGGGACUGUCGAGGCUUGUGCUGGGGAUUGCCCGAUCACCUUCUACUCCCGUCAGUUACUGCCUGCCGAGAUAAACUACACUGCCGAUGAACGUGAGGUUCUCGCAGUAGUUUAUGCUACCCGGCAUUGGCGUCAUUAUCUGCACGGGGCGCCCUUCACGGUGCGCACGGACAACUCAGUUGUCCAGGCUUUCCUCACGAAGCCCAAGCUUUCCCCUCGGCAGGCACGUUGGUGGCGUGACUUAUCCGAGUUCAGUUUCACCACUCAGCCCAUCAAGGGUGUAACGAACCGGGUCGCCGAUGCCUUGUCCCGCCGUCCUGAUCACAAUCAGGAGCCAAUCCAUCUUGCUGCCAUCUCUAUCACCACUGUCGAUCAGUCGGUGAUUGACUCAUAUCGCACCCAGUACCGUCACUGCCCGGAUUAUCGCGACAUCCACGCGACACUACGCAGUGGCCAGACCGUCCCCUCAUACUCCCUUGGUGAGAACGGUCUCGUGUACUGGCAUGGCAGAUCUGGUCAGCUAGAACCRCGUAUCUGCGUUCCCUCCACCGGACAGCUCCGCGUCCAGGCUGUAGCAGAGUUCCAUGACCAGGCAGCUGCCGGCCAUAUGGGCUUCCACAAGACGUUGGCUCGUGUUUGCCGCCUAUACGUCUGGCCGAAGUCCAAGGACUUCGUCAAAGCCUACAUCCAGGAUUGUCCCACCUGCCAGGAGGUGAACAGUGCGAAUCACCUUCCGUAUGGGUUACUUCAGCCCUUACCCAUACCCGAGGGUCGUUGGCAGUCCAUCUCGAUGGAUUUCAUUGGCCCCCUCCGCCCACCCACUGAGCGCGGUCAUGAUGCUAUCUUGGUCGUCGUCGAUCGCUUCACGAAGCGUGCACGUUUUGUCCCGUGCCGCUAUCGCAUUAGCGCUCGUGAGGUCGCCGACAUCGUCUUCGACCAGGUCGUGAGAGAUCACGGCUUACCUCAGAGCAUCAUCUCCGACCGUGAUCCGCGCUUUACCAGCACAUUYUGGCGACGCCUACACGAGGUGUAMGGAUCYCAGCUCCGCUUCUCGUCGUCUUACCACCCUCAGACGGAUGGUCAGACUGAGGUCACCAACAAAACUCUCGGUAAUAUACUCCGAAAGUUUGUUAGGGUUAACCAGCAGUGGGACUUACACUUAGCCCACGCGGAGAUUGCGUACAACCACGCUGUUUCGCCAGCCACGGGGAUGUCGCCAUUCUAUUGCGACCUCGGCUACCACCCUCGCGUACCCGCGGAYUUCCUACGACCAUCGCGGUUGCGCCCAGACACUUGUUGCCCUGCGCUUGACGACUGGAUCGCCCACAUGGCGGCAGUUAUGAAGCGCGCACACGAGAGUCUAGCCGACUCCCAGACUCGCAUGGYCGCACGAGCGAACCGAUCUCGAAUGGAUCAUCYAUUCAAAGUCGGUGACGAUGUGCUCGUCGAUGCACGCCACUUGCAGCUCGAAGCAGAUACGCUUCGCAAGUUCAGGCGUCGCUUCUUCGGCCCAUGCCGCAUCCUUCAGGCCGUCRGUUCUGAUACUGCCGCUAGUCCAGUCARCUUCCGUGUGAAGCUACCUGAUUACCUUCGACAGGCUCGCGUACACGAUGUUUACCACGUCUCCUUGCUGCGYCCUUAUCGCAGACCGUCCGAGCGCUUCGCCGGACGCCCUUAUGARCGCCCUCCACCUAUCAUGGUGGACGGUCACGAGGAGUUCGUCGUUUCCGACAUCGUAUCUCGCCGAGUGACCGACGAUACCCCUCCACGCAUCGAGUACCUCGUGCGUUGGAAGGGCUACCCUGAUGAGGAGGCUACUUGGGAGCCCCUCGAGCACUUGGAGCACGCCCGGAUGCUGGUGCGUGCAUAUGAUCGUGCUCGUCGUGCUGAGACAUCUGUUGCUACUCAGCCGACUGACCCUAUUCCUCCUCCUCCGGCUGAGGAGAUUGCUGUGGACGAGCCCGCUCCCUUUGAGGCCGUUCAUCAUCAGCAGACGGUCGCCUCCGAGCGUCCACAGCGCACUCAUCGUCGCCCUUCGCGUUACGAUGACUGACACUCUCAUCCUAUAUCUUUCCCCACUGACUCACACCAUCAGGUACUCCAUCAUCAGUUCUUCUUCAGGAUGUCAGCGUUUUGCGGCUCUGCUUCGA